AUGGCCCCAGCAACAGUCCUAGUCCUCUACCCCAAAACCCCAACCUCAACCUUCAAUGCAGACUACUACCUCUCAACGCACAUGCCCCUGGCCUCCAAGCACUGGACCAAGCACGGCCUCAAAGGCUACAAAGUAACCGAGCUCAACGCCGACAGCCCCUACGCGUUCGUCUCGGUGCUUGAGUGGGAGAGCUACGAGGGCUUUCAGGCCGCGAUUAAAGAUGCGGGUACUAAAGAGAUUAUGGAGGAUGUGCCGAAUUUUAGUAAUGAGAAGGCGAUUUUGGUGCAUGGACCGGUUAUUGCGACUAGCUAG